CUCGGCCACCCCGCACUCGUCCUCCCCACGACUCACCAGUACACCACACGCCCUCGCCUCCGACAGCGACCGGGCAACCGCGUCUCCGAGCCGCCCGGUUCCAGUUCCUCUCCUCCGCAGCCCCACGUCGCCGCAGCCGCGUCCGUCCUCCGUGCACCACGAGCGCAUCGCCCUGCCGAACGACGCAUCAGAAGUCCAGAGCAAGCACGGAGACACAGUGAUGUCGACAAGCUCGACCAACUCUGCGGCGUCCCCGGCCGUGUCCGGCCUCGACUACGACGACACCGCACUCACCCUAGCACUCCCUGGAUCCUUCUCCUCCGCUGCCGCCGACCCCGCCGCCGACCGCAAGCGCGCCCACGCCGACCACAACAAACCGCCCUCCCCAAAGGCGCGGGCGGUGGGGUGGCCGCCGGUGCGUGCGUACCGGCGCAACGCGCUGCGCGAUGAGGCCGCGGGCGCGAGCGCCGGGUGCAAGCUCGUGAAGGUUGCCGUGGACGGCGCGCCGUACCUGCGUAAGGUGGACCUCGCGGCGCACGACGGGUACGCGGCCCUGCUUCGCGCGCUCCACGGCAUGUUCGCCUCCUGCCUCGCCGACGGGGUGGGCAGGCUCGUGGACUCCGCCACCGGCGCCGAGUACGUGCCCACCUACGAGGACAAGGACGGCGACUGGAUGCUCGUCGGAGACGUCCCCUUCAAGAUGUUCGUGGACUCGUGCAAGCGGAUCCGUCUCAUGAAGAGCUCUGAGGCCGUCAACCUACCUCCAAGGACGUCAUCCCAAUGAUCUUGUCGACCGAUCGACGCCUAUGCGAAAAGCAUUUAAUUUGUCUGAAUCAAUUCACAAAGUGUGCAAUGGAAGAGGCUUGGCUGCUCGGGUCCUCCUUGCACCUCUUACACCGUAGGAUCAGAGAUCAGUCAUUUGUUGUUGUGUACUGUACAGGCCACACACCACAUGGAAACUUUCUCCCAGUUUCAGGUGCACCUUCUCUCGGCCGGAGCACGGUCGGCCGGACGGUUUGAUUUUUGGACGACGGCGAGAAGGGCGGCGCCGGCACUUGUCAGUUAGAUUAGUAGUCUCUUUCAGUUUCUUUCAUGUCACUCUUUAGUCUCGAUCAUGUUGUCCCGAGGGAUCGAUGUAUACACCGAUAUGGUACAUGUUAUGCUCUGUUCGCAUUGUAAGGUCAAAGAAUACAAGUACAGUCUGUCACCGUUGUUGCAA